AUGAGGACCCAGCAUAAGACAGAGUCCAAUGGGUCCAAGUCUAGUCAACCUGGACUAGACCUUGAUCCUCAGUAUAGGCUCAGUACACAUCAGCAAGGGAAAUAUAAAAUUAGUAGAGAAGAAAGCAGCAGUGGUAAAGCUCAGAAGUUCCAGCAGAAAACACUCAACUGGACCUUGAAUAAUUUAAGGGAGGAGAAUGACAGCACAGAGGGCUGGAAGCCUCAGGGUUCAUUCCCCUACUCCUUGACUUUCCAAGAGCUAAGCGGCAAUGCUGCAGACACAGGUCAUCUCGGUGCACCUCCGCGGCCGAGCUGCUGCCAGAACGGCGGCACCUGCGUGCUGAGCAGCUUCUGCGUGUGCCCCGCUCACUUCACCGGCCGCUACUGUGAGCACGACCAGAGGCGCAGCAAGUGCGGCGCCCUGGUGCACGGAGCCUGGACCUUCCGCGGCUGCCACCUCUGCAGGUGCGUCUUUGCGGCCCUGCACUGCCUCCCGCUGCAGACACCCGGCCGCUGUGACCUGAAAGACUUUCUCACCUCACACUCUAAUGGACCUAGAACCCAGCUCACGUGGAGUGUUCUCCUCCUCCUGUCCUGCUUUCUUCUGAAAUCCAUCCUCAGUGAAGGGGGAGCCUGCUGAUCAGACCACAUUUCAC